AUGUCACGACAAAAGGGCUCGUGUGAUAUCGCCAGUGCGACAUCUUUCAUUGUGGGAUGCGGUUGUGACACCACGAAUAAUAAAAAACCGUCAGUUACAAACUCACAGCAAUCACAAUGCCUCCCGAACGAGCAUUGUGGUCUGAAAAUUUACCAGGUUAAUAUACCAAGUUCUAAACUUGGUGUUGGCUGUUCGAGCGGUAAAAAGAGGAAUACUGAGUACCUA